GGCAAAGUACAUAGAAAAUGUAACUCAUUUCUCGAGGAACUGGAUCGUAUUCAGCUCGUACCGCUUCCGUUCUUGUGACAUAAUUUCGAGGACUCUUUUUCGUGCUACCCCAACCCACCACACCUCAUCUCCGCAUCUCCAUCCAUUCGCCAUGACGCUCAACGACGACAGCCGUGACGUUCCCCGAACCUCUAUGCCCAGCCCGACGAAAGAUGAACUCAAGCUGUCCGGGGGGGUGGCAGUCAUUACGGGGGCAGGCGGUGGAAUUGGGUCCGGAUUGGCCCGCAGAGCAGCUCAGCUAGGAAUGACCGUGGUCAUCGCCGACAUUGCCAUCGACAGAGCCGAGACUGUGGCACGGGAGAUCAUCGACGCGGGCGGCCAGGCCGAGGCAGUGGUGGUAGAUGUCUCCCGACCGGACGAACUCGACAGGCUGGCCGAAAUGGUCCACGAGCGACACGGGCACGUCCGACUACUCGUCAACAACGCCGGCAUUGAGACGCUGGGCCUCUGCUGGGAAGUCCCUGCGGCGAGAUGGGAGGCGACUCUCAACAUCAACAUACACGGCAUCGUCCAUGGGGUGCGUGCCUUCGCUCCUCGGAUGCUCGCCACGGGUCAGGAAUGCUGGAUUGCCAACCUGUCGAGCGCUGGCGCGUUUGGAAUGAUGCCGACACAGGCGGCGUAUAUCAUGACCAAGCAUGCGGUCCAGUCGUUUACCGAGGGCCUGUUCCUUGACAUGAAGACCAUCAAAGCCCCGGUUCACGUGUGCUCCGUCAUCCCUGGUCUGGUCCGAACCGAUAUCUUCGAUGCUACCCCAAGGCCGUCCGGAGGGGGACAAAACGGACGUAUGGCGGAAUUUCGAAAGAUUAUGUCGGAUAUGGCUCGUGAUCACGGCAUGGAUGUCGAACAAGCGAGCCGGAUCAUCAUGGCACAGAUCGCGGCAGGCAAGUUUUGGGUAUCGACGCAUCCCGAGACGACGGAUGAAAUCAUCGCCCAUCGCAUCGAGUUUCUUAGGCAGCAGGUAGAUCCGGAUGUUAUGCCUGGGUCCAGACACCUUGUCGACUUUUAGGUGACUUCAAGAAGUCGCGUUGCCCGACUUGUGGAAAAUCACGGAUACUUUUUUAUGUCGCUCCGGGUCUCAUACUCAUAUGCAUUAGAGGU